CUGAACAGGAAGUCUGGGUAGUCCGUGCAGAGACGAGCUCAGAGUGCCCAGACCUUGAGGCUUAACGCAGUUUAGCGCUCGACCUCCGUGUCUGCAACAGUGUUCUUUCCCGGGCGGCGACGUCCAGCAGUCAGAAAAUCACCAUGUCUAUUCUCAAGAUCCAUGCCAGAGAGAUCUUCGACUCUCGUGGGAAUCCCACUGUGGAGGUGGAUCUCUGCACCGCAAAAGGUCUCUUCAGAGCUGCUGUGCCCAGUGGUGCCUCAACUGGUAUUUACGAGGCCCUAGAGCUCCGGGACAAUGACAAGACGCGCUACUUGGGGAAGGGUGUCUCCAGACCUGUUAAGUAUAUUAAUGAGUUCCUGGCACCAGCCUUGUGCACGCAGAAACUGAGUGUCGUGGAGCAGGAGAAGAUUGACAAACUGAUGAUCGAGAUGGAUGGGACGGAAAAUAAAUCUAAAUUCGGAGCGAAUGCCAUUCUGGGCGUGUCCCUGGCAGUCUGCAAGGCUGGAGCUGUUGAAAAGGGGGUGCCCCUGUACCGCCACAUUGCUGACCUGGCUGGCCACUCUGAUGUCAUCCUGCCGGUUCCGGCCCUCAAUGUCAUCAACGGUGGUUCUCACGCUGGCAACAAGCUGGCCAUGCAGGAGUUCAUGAUCUUGCCCGUCGGGGCGGCAAGCUUCAAGGAAGCCAUGCGGAUCGGAGCGGAGGUGUACCACAACCUGAAGAAUGUCAUCAAGGAGAAGUACGGGAAAGACGCCACCAACGUCGGUGAUGAAGGCGGCUUUGCUCCCAACAUCCUGGAGAAUAAAGAAGCCCUGGAGCUGCUCAAGAAUGCCAUCGGGAAAGCUGGCUACACCGAUAAGGUUGUCAUUGGCAUGGAUGUAGCUGCUUCCGAGUUCUUCAGGUCUGGGAAGUAUGACUUGGACUUCAAGUCACCCGAUGACCCCAACAGGUACAUCACCCCUGACGAGCUGGCCAACCUGUACAAGUCCUUCAUCAAGGACUACCCAGUGGUGUCUAUCGAGGACCCCUUUGACCAGGAUGACUGGGAAGCAUGGCGGAAGUUCACUGCCAGCUCGGGGAUUCAGGUCGUGGGGGACGACCUGACUGUGACCAACCCGAAGCGCAUCUCCAAGGCUGUGGGCGAGAAGUCGUGCAACUGCCUCCUGCUCAAAGUGAACCAGAUUGGCUCAGUGACCGAGUCCAUUCAGGCGUGCAAGCUGGCCCAGUCCAGUGGGUGGGGCGUCAUGGUGUCUCAUCGCUCCGGGGAGACUGAGGACACCUUCAUCGCCGACCUGGUGGUGGGGCUCUGCACCGGGCAGAUCAAGACUGGUGCUCCUUGCCGAUCCGAGCGCCUGGCCAAGUACAACCAGAUCCUCAGAAUUGAAGAGGAGCUGGGCAGCAAGGCCAAGUUUGCCGGCAGGAACUUCAGAAACCCGCUAGCCAAGUAAGCUCUGGGCAGAAGCCUCAGCCCUGGUCACUGGUCCGCCAAUUAGACCUCUGCUCCUGGUGUCCACACGGGCAGCUCGAGGCCCCCAGCCAACGCUGCAGGAGCCUCUGCUAGUUAACUGCCCUGUCCCAUCCCUGUGAGUUCUCACCGCUUCCUUAGAGCUACAACAGCCAAACUUGACAACCUGGAACCCUGCUGGAAACCCUAGCUCUGUAGUCGUGUGAUUGGCCCGAGUCACCGUUUUUGUCACCUCGCUUCCCAAGUGUCGGGAGCCAAGUGUGUAUCUACAUUGUAAUCUCCGAGGUCGUCACAGGCGAGAUCCCCAGUGGUUUUGUGUGCAAAUAAAAAGGCUUCAGUGACCUGUAGGAAUA